AGCCGUGGCUUCUCUUUGUUCCCUCUCCGGGUUGGGGCACCGUUCGGACGUUGCUUCGUGGUCGCGCAUGCGCACCGUUUCCCCAUUGGGCCCCCUCAGCUCUUUCGCGCGCCCUCCAGAGACAGGCUGGAGACUUCAACUCCCAGAAUUCCCGGUCGUUGUCCGAGCUGGUGGGCGCUUCUGGGAGUUGAAGUUCUAUUGCGCUGAAGGGCCCCAAAGCACUGUUACCGUCUGAGGCAAGGCGGCUAUUUAAGAGCAGUAGGCAAGGAAGGCAGGAUCUACACUUCAAAGCAGAGAAUUCGGAUUAUAUUUAUUUAUUUAUUUACUACAUGUUCAGACUCUAAUGUUUUGAUGUUGAUGUUUUAUGCUGGGUUAAUAGAUGACAUAAUGGAAGAAAAUAAUAAUGGUGUGUGCUUGUCUGAUGCGAAAAGUCUGGCUUCUCUUGAGGAAACGGAAACCAUAGCUGCGAAGGGAGAUGUGUGCGAAGGUAAUAAUGCAGCGAACACCUCAAGCUUGUAUAGGUAUAUUAAAGACGACUUAUUUACUUCCGAAAUUUAUAAAGUCGAAAUCCAGAACCUUCCCAAAUACAUUGGCUUCCAUGAAGUCAAGAAAUUCCUUGCUAAAUAUGGAGUUAACCCUCACAAGAUCAAAUUGCUGGGGAAGCAGACCUUUGCGUUUGUCACCUUUAAGAGUGAGGAGGAACGGGACAAAGCGGUGAAGGUCCUUCACGGAGUCCGGUGGAAGAACCAAAACCUCAGCAUCAGGUUAGCAAAACCGAAGGCUGAUCCCAUCAUGAAGAAGAGAAAAAGAGAGGAAGGGGAGGGAGAGGAGACCAAGGACCCGGCAGCUGCGAAAUGUCCAAUGUUGUCCAAGGAGGGCAAAAAUGAGCCGCUCGACAAACAGAUAGCGGAUGUGGUGACUCCUUUGUGGACAGUGCCCUAUGAGGAGCAGCUGGCAAAGAAGAAGCAAGAAUGUGAGCAAGUGCUGCUGAAACUGACAAGGGAGCUAGGAAACAACAACCGAGCUCUACUCCCCUGGCUGUUCUUGCAGAAGGAGAAGUACAGUGGCUUAUGUUCCCCCUUGGAGGGGGUGAAAUCAUCUCCAUUGCAGACUGAAUAUCGCAACAAAUGUGAAUUUCUGAUUGGCAUAGGCCUGAAUCAAGAAGACAAAACUGUGGGUUUUCGUCUUGGCAAAUACAAGGGCGGAACGUGUGCUGUAGUGGAACCUUUUGAGACUAUUCACAUUCCUGCUGUUGUGAAGAAAGUAGCAAAAGCUUUUCAAGAUUAUAUAAGGUCUACACCAUACAAUGUUUACAGUCCUGAAACCUAUGAAGGCCACUGGAGACAGCUGACCGUUCGCAUCAGUAGGAAUCAGGACAUCAUGGCCAUUGUUUAUUUUAAUCCACAGAAAGUAAGCAAAGAAGGGCUCACUGAACUGCAAACCUCUGUGGCAAAGUACUUCAUGGAAGGUGCCGGAAAAGAGAGUGGCAUAACAUCCCUGUAUUUUGUUGAAGAAGGUCAAAAAAAAUCACCCAAUCGUGAAGAUUUAGCAUUGGAGCACGUUGCUGGUAAUAAGUACAUCUAUGAAGAUUUGCUUGGGAUGAGGUUCCGGAUUUCCCCCCAUGCCUUUUUCCAAGUGAACACUCAGGCCGCUGAGGUUCUCUACUCAGCCAUUCAGGACUGGGCCCAAGUCGGACCCGAGACAACAGUGCUGGAUGUCUGCUGCGGAACUGGAACCAUUGGGAUCACCCUGGCCAAGAAAGUAAAGAAAGUUAUCGGAAUUGAACUUUGCCAAGAAGCAGUGGAAGAUGCCAAAGUGAACGCUCAGCUUAACGAUCUAAACAACGUUGAAUUCUACUGUGGAAAAGCUGAAGAUCUUGUUCCUCAGCUAGUGAACUCCUUAGCAUUGCAGAAUUGUAUUACGGUUGUGGAUCCUCCCCGCGCAGGGCUACAUUCCAAAGUCAUUCUUGCCAUCCGAAAGUCCGAACACUUAAAGAAGCUCAUUUAUGUGUCCUGCAAUCCCCGAGCUGCCAUGAACAACUUUAUUGACCUUUGCAGGGCACCAUCCAAUCGUGUCAAAGGAGGCCCCUUCCGCCCCGUGAGAGCAAUGGCAGUGGACCUCUUCCCUCAUACUAUGCACUAUGAGCUGCUGCUGUUCUUUGAAAGAAUAGACCCCCUGAGCACAACUGAUGUUCCAUCUGCAAAAUCGGAUGCAACAGUUUCUACGGAAGAGAAGACAGAACUGCCAAACGUGAGCACCACUGCAGAAUCUUCCAGUUCGUGAUGGCUAUGGUUUAGCCUUUUCCUAUAAGCCAUCUCUUUUCAGUUUUUAAUGUUAAACGUGUUACUUCCAGUUGCCGGUGCUUUCUCCUUCCAGAACAGCUAAACAGCUGAUCAGUUCCUGAGACUUCAGAAUGGUGCCUACACUUCAAGGGACAAAUCUAAACUUGGCACAGACAAAAGUCUGAUGUAGGAAGACCUUUGUAGCGUCUAUGUACUGUUUUAUGCAAAACACCUAAGUCAUGCAAUAAGUGUUUCAAAUGCAAAGGAGCACUGUAGAAGCUUGUAGUCCAGAGCAAUAUAACUAACAAUAAACGAGCCCUACUGGAUCGGCUGAUGGCUGUGACUUAGGGAGCUUCUUCCAUCAAA